UAGUCGUAUUUUAGGAGGACUUCGUACUCUGUGAUAGCGAGUCAUUCCAAAUUUCCAGUCCAAGUCAAAUCAGUCAAAAUUCAACCUUAAUUCCACCGCAUGUGCUUUUUCAGCUGAGUGUGGAGCCGUGCUUGUCGCGGUCAGUCGCUAGUGGAUUGAUUCCUCGUGUUGUGAUGGCUCUCGGUAGUGAAGUGAAUGAUAGCUCCUCAAAAAACUGUUCUCAGAAAGUGAAAAAAUGCCCAGCUAAUAAUGGUAAUGACAAAUCCAGUAACGAAAAUGUCGGCAAAGUUGAGAAACAAAAUAAACAAGCACCAAAAAUGAAAAAAGAGGUUGGCAUCAAAGUAUCUUGUAGCAACGGUCACGCGAGCACACCUAACGGUCGGGCGGACGACGAAGGCGGUGGUGGGACCGUUUCCACGCCACCGCGCGUCUCCUAUGCGGCUGCAGCUCGAAAACCGCCUUCACCUCAGUCCGGUGCUACACCGGCACCUUUUCCUUUAAAUACAGAAUCACAAAAAAAUAAAAUUAAUGAUAAGUCAUCACAAACGAAAUCAACCAAUGCAACACUAAAACUUAAUGGAGAUGGAUCAAUAUUAAGUGAAGAUAGUAACAAAGAAAAAUUAGGCACCAAAGAAUGCAUAGUCAAUGGCACAGAAAUAAUAAGUGAGAAUAUUAUAAAUGGCGAAAUAAAAAAAGAUUUGGAUUGUGAUAUUAGUAGUAGUGAUAACACUAAUUUAAUUACUAAUGGAAUUAACAGUGAUUCAGACGAUACAAAAUCUAGUAAGUCUGAUGAGGGCAAUGAUAUUUUAUCGAGUAAUGAUCAUGUUAAAAUUUUAGAAAGUAAAUCGGUGUCUGAUAAAAAGAAAGAUAAAAAGGGUAAAACGAUGGACAAGAACAUCAAUUCUGAUAAGAAAAAAGAUUUGGUGAAAAUUAAAACAAUUGAAAUUAAGAAUGAACAUGAUAAAGUAAAGAGUGUAGAAAAUGUGUCGGAGAAAGUUAAUGGCGAGUGCAGUAAAAUUGUUAAUGGAGAUAAGGAUAGAGAGUCUACACCUAGUGAAGAUGAUGAUGAUAAAAAACGGGAUGCUGAAGUUGUUUUUAUUCAAGAUAUGGGUUUUACUGUAAAAAUUGUCAGCCCUGGCGCCGAGCCAUUAGAUAUUCAGGUAUCAAGCAUGGAGCUGGUACAAGAAAUUCAUCAAGUGCUAAUGGAUCGUGAGGACACAUGUCAUAGGACAUGCUUUUCUUUACAAUUAGACGGCGUUACACUAGAUAACUUUGCUGAAUUAAAGAAUAUUGAAGGAUUGAAGGAAGGCUCAAUAAUCAAAGUCGUAGAAGAACCAUAUACUAUGCGUGAAGCUAGAAUUCACGUCCGUCAUGUUCGAGACCUUUUGAAAUCAAUUGAUUAUACUGAUGCAUAUGCUGGGCAAGAAUGUAGUUCUCUUGCAUUCCUCAAUAUUAUUACCCAAGGCGACAUAUUAGAGAAAAAGAAAUCUCGGCCAGAAAGUGUAGAUUGCACACCACCUGACUAUAUUAUGCCAGGCAGCACUGAGCGUCCAUUGCUGCCUUUGCAUCCUGGCCUUACUAAAGAGAACAAGGCGCCUCAAUGUUUAAAGGUGUUAACGACGUCCGGCUGGAACCCGCCACCUGGGCCGCGAAAGAUGUGUGGAGACCUGUUAUACCUCCACGUUAUCACACUCGAAGACCGCCACUUCCACAUCACGGCAUGUCCACGUGGAUUCUAUCUCAACCAGUCCACCGAAGAAGUGUUCAAUCCUCGCCCUUCGAAUCCAGCCUUGUUGUGUCAUUCGUUGAUCGAGCUACUUAGUAUAGUGUCAUCAGCGUUCAAGCGCAACUUCGCUUUGGUACAGAAACGUAGGAUGCAGAAACAUCCAUUUGAGAGGGUGGCCACCCCUUACCAGGUGUACCAGUGGGCCUCGCCGGUACUAGACCACACUGUUGAUGCUAUACGCGCUGAGGAUACUUUUUCAUCGAAACUGGGGUAUGAAGAACACAUACCCGGCCAGACCCGAGAUUGGAAUGAGGAGUUGCAGACAACCCGUGAGCUGCCACGGGCCACACUCCCGGAAAGGCUCUUACGUGAACGCGCCAUUUUUAAGGUUCACAGCGACUUUGUGGCGGCAGCGACUCGUGGCGCUAUGGCCGUUGUAGAUGGCAAUGUAAUGGCGAUCAACCCUGGCGAGGAGCCUAAGAUGCAGAUGUUCAUAUGGAACAAUAUCUUUUUCUCGCUUGGUUUUGACGUGCGUGAUCACUACAAGGACCUGGGCGGUGAUGCCGCAGCCUUUGUUGCACCGCGCAAUGACCUGCAAGGUGUACGCGUGUACAGCGCCGUAGACACGCCGGGCCUGCAUACGCUAGGCACCGUUGUGGUGGACUACCGCGGGUACCGCGUCACCGCACAGUCCAUAAUUCCUGGCAUUCUCGAAAAGGAACAAGAACAGAGCGUCGUUUACGGCAGCAUUGAUUUUGGAACUACUGUUUUGUCGCAUCCAAAGUACAUGGAGUUGUUAAGCAAGGCUGGUCAGCAGUUAAAAAUAAUGCCACACUCUGUGAUCAGCGCCAACGGCGAAACUGUGGAGCUCUGUUCUAGUGUAGAGUGCAAGGGCAUCAUUGGCAAUGAUGGGAGGCACUAUAUCCUUGAUUUGCUGCGUACUUUCCCGCCAGAUGUCAAUUUCCUUCAAUUGGAAGAUGAUGAACUGAGGGAGGACAUCAAAUCAAUGGGAUUCCCUAUAAUUCACAAGCAUAAACUUUGUUGUCUACGUCAGGAAUUAGUGGAUAAUUUUGUUGAGGCCCGUUACUUCAUGUUCGUUCGAUAUGCUGCAUUUCACCUUCAGCAAUUAAGCACAAAGAACCAAAACGAACCUACGGAAGGAAAGAAAUCUAUAGAAGCAAGCAAGAGUGAUUCUAAAGUGGUGGCUACUGAGACUGAAGUUAAGGAAAGUAAAAAUAAGGAUAGUAAGAGCCAAGAAAAAGAAAUUAAAGAUAAAAAACAAAAGAAAGAAGACAAAAAAGAGGAUAAGCAAGAUAAAAAAGAAAGUGCCAAAAAAGAAGUCAAGAAGAAGACGGAGACUGAGAAAGAAGAAUCAAAGGAAGAAAAGACCAAAGAUGAUGAAUUACUUCUUAAUGAUAAUUAUUCUCAAAUUGAUACAGAUGUUGCCAAAAAAAUUGUAGAGAGCAUCACAGAUUCCAUAUGUAGUGGAGAAAAACAAGAUAGUGACUCUGGUGAGCGCACCCGCGCUGUGGUUUCCGCGGCAGCGCGAGCUGUCGCCUCCUUAAAGGAGUCCGAGUUUGACGUCCGCUUCAAUCCAGACGUGUAUUCGGCGGGCAUCAAGCACGCCGCCUCGCCUGAGCACCUCGCCAAGCAGCGCCACCUGGUAAAGGAGGCCGCUGCUUUUCUACUCACUACACAGAUACCUGCCUUUGUGCGCGAGUGCGUGGAGCAGUCGUCGACGCCAAUGGAUGGCGCGGGUCUGGCGGAGGCGCUGCACGCGCGCGGCAUCAACCUGCGGUACCUGGGGCGCGUCGCGGUCGCCUUGCAGCCGCACCCUUCGCUCGCGUACUUACACGCCAUCGCGGUCGGCGAGCUGCUGCUGCGCGCCGCCAAACAUAUCUACACCGCGUAUUUGCAGGGCUGCGAGCCGAUGUGCGUGGGCGCGGCAGUGGCGCACUUCCUGAACUGCCUGGUGGGCGGCUGCGCCAGCGCGGGUGCGGGCGCGGCCGAGACGCCGGCGGCGGCUCGCGGCGGCGGCCGGGGCGCCCGCGGCCGCCGCGCGCGCCGCCACCACGCCGCCGCCGCGCCCGCCGCCGCCGCCGCCGCCGCCGCGCCCGCCUCCGACUGGAGGAAUCUCACGCAGAAGUCUCUCUUUUCGCAGAUUAAGCAGGAGCUCAAGGCAUACUGGGGUUAUGAACUUAAUGCUGAAAACAUGGAUGCAGUUAUAGAAAAGCAUGGCCUUCAGAAAAUAUCACUUCUCAGGUCCUUUGCACUUAAAGUCGGUUUGCAGAUAAUGUUGCGAGAAUAUGAUUUUGACAAUAAGAAUAAACCGACGUUUAAUGGAUCUGACAUUAUGAAUAUUUUCCCUGUUGUUAAACAUAUCAAUCCUAGGGCUUCAGAUGCAUACAAUUUCUACACGACCGGUCAGAACAAAAUACAAGCAGGCGCUGUGAACGAAGGCCAUGAAAUGAUCGCGGAAGCCCUCAACCUGCUGAACAACGUGUACGGCGCGAUGCACGGCGAGAUCGCGCGCUGCUUGCGGAUGGUCGCCCGCCUGUGCUACGUUACCGGCGAACACCGUGAAGCCAUGGCCUACCAGCAGAAGGCCGUCCUCAUGUCUGAGAGGGUCAACGGCAUCGAUCACCCCUAUACAAUUACUGAAUAUUCCCACCUCGCCUUGUACUGUUUUGUAAAUGGACAAGUGAGCACAGCGCUGAAGCUUUUAUAUCGAGCUCGCUACCUCGCACUGCUCGUGUGCGGCGAAAAUCAUCCUGAGAUGGCACUGCUAGAUAGCAACAUCGCGCUGAUACUGCACGCGGUGGGCGAGUACGAGCUGUCGCUGCGUUUCGCGGAGCGCGCGCUGAGCGUGACGACCAGGUCGCACGGCGCGCGCUCGCUGAAGGCGGCCACCGCGCGCCACCUGCUCGCGCGCACGCUCUCCUGCCUCGGCGACUUCCGCGCCGCCCUGCACCACGAGAAGGAGACCUACUCCAUCUACAAGCAGCUGCUUGGUGAGAACCACGAGAAGACGCGCGAGUCGUCGGAGUGCCUGCGCCACCUGACGCAGCAGGCAGUGGUGCUGCAGAAGCGGCUGGCGGAGGCGUACGCUCGGGCGCCGCACUCCGCGCCCGCGCACCCGCCGCUGCACAUACAGCCGCCCGGCAUGGCUUCCGUCAUUGACAUGCUCAAUCUCAUAAAUGGCAUACUCUUCGUGCAAAUUAGUCGCCAUGAUAUUGAGCAGUUCAAGGCAGAAAUAGAAAAAAGACAACUGAAAGACUUACCGCUACCGGAUGUUCUGAAUGAAUUGAGCGUGAAGGCUGCAGACGCAAGCGCCUUGGUAGGUCCGGAGGUGGGCGCAACGUUGCAAGCGGAAAGUUGAAACGUCGGUGAGCAGCUCGGGACUCGUUCGUCUCUGGACUAUGUUUAGUGAUAGUAAGCGAGUCGGCUUGACUGCCGAGCGACGGAGCGUUCGCAGCGAAGUAUGUUCCACUAAUAGGACACGUACGAUAUUGUUACUUUAUAGUUAUUGAUUGAUGAUAUUGUUCCUUAUAUUAUGAAUGUAUGCCGUAGUGGAUAGUGUGCUAAGGUUUGAUGUAGAUUUUUUUUUUGUUAGUCAAAUUUUGAGAAUAUUAUUUUGAUCAAAUAAUUAAGUGUUUAAAAUUUUAUGAAUUCUCGCAGUGCGUGCAAUAGUUUUUAUUUAUGCAUGUGCAUAUCUAUGUUACUAUAUUUCGCUCAAAUCACGGAGAUGUAAGUUUAAUUUUAUGCUCGCGUACACAUUUCACAAUUGUAUGAACAUUCAAAGUAGUGCAAUUUCAAAGUAGUGAUAAUAGCAAUAAGUUUUGGUUGUGAACCUGUGAGCGCGCGCGUCGCUAUAUUAAUGGUACUGGUGCUACUGCCAACUUGUCCUUCGUAUAAUGAUUUUAUGAUUGUUAGCGUCGAGUAUUAUUUUAUUUCCUUUUUUAGCGUGGGAGUAUAUUUGUUGAAAUAUCCAUAGACGUAGAUAUUCAGUUAUAUUGUAAUUGAAAUGUAACAGGGUUUCGGAAGUCCUGAUUUAGUAAUAAACAUACGUCAAAAUAUGUCCAUGCAGAGAAGUAAUUGAACAAGUUUUAAUAAUUACAGUCUUGUGAUAGUAAACACUGUCCUUAUUUUAGUUUCAGGUUUUAGUAAUUAGUGCCAUAUAAUGUAGUGAAUGUAAGUUCUUUAUGUAAUAUUUUUGUUAGACUGUGAUAUAGAAUGUUUUAUCAAUUUAUCAUCGAGCAACUUGCCUUGUAUGUGCGAUAUAUAGACCUUCGUAAUGGUAAAGAAUGAAAACGCUUUAAAAAAAAUGUUAAAAUUGUUAAGUAACUAGGAUUGUGAAUUUAAACUAUUAUCAAAAAUCACAAUCGUUACUUAUCUGAAAUGCUUUUAAUAAUAUCUUAUAUAAAACAUUGAGUAGGUCAUAUUUAUACAUCCAAAAGCAGAUGUUUAAUGGUAUGCUUACUUUUUAACAGUAAUAUUUAUACUAGUCAGCGUCAUCUAAAUAAUUCUUUAUUUUUUGGCAUGUUUCGCAAAAAAAAAAAAAAAAAACUGAAUUGCAGUUUAUUCUCUCGUAUUUAUCUCGAAUUGUUCAUGAUUAUUCCAUAUCAGUAGAUUGUCAUGGCUGAAUUAAAUCGGAUUGUGCCUUAUUCAGCAAUGUGUCGUGUUUUAGUAUUUUAUUUGUCGUAAAGAAAUCUUGGCAUUAUUCGAUGUAAUAUUCGGAAGUAAGCAUCGCCAUUCCCUAAAUUGGUUUACUUGUCAUUGGCCUAUUAGUAGUCUCAUUGUUUAUUUUUAUGCUGUCUUAUUUUAGGAAGUUCAUCUUGCUUGCUGUAUAAAUCAUAUAUCAUUUCAACUAGACACAAAUUAUUUCUUCUUUGUUAAGUUAUUAAUGAAGUUGUAAUAGUGAGUCUUAUUAUAUUUCCAUAUCUUCUUUGUUCUCACGUAAACAUCAAAUUAAAGAAGAAUAUAUUUAAUAAAUUUUAUUUUUAUAAUAUUAAAUUUUAUAAUAUAUCUACAUUAAUAUUUCACAUUUUAAAAUGCAUUUAUUUUAAAUUACAACCAAAAUGGAGUCAUUAAAAAUAUAUAAUUUAAGAGAAUGAAUGACGAACACACAUAAGAAUUAAGAGUGCGUGAUGUAAAAUUAGACAGUACUUAAAUAUUGGGAUCAUUAAGACUUAUUACAUACGUAGCAGGAGAUCAAUGAAUAAUGAUGAACAAUAAAUGAGGUCAAUGACUAGUAAAACACUAAAGGUCUAUUGAGACGUGCAUGUAACAGCGAGAAGUCACUAGGGCUGCACCUGGUAUCGUACGGGGUUAUGCGUAUUCGUGAUUCCUUAAAUCGCUUCUCUGGAUAUUAACAGUUGUUUUAUAAGAAAAUUGGAUACUCUUGUUUCUUAUAUAUAAUGUAACUGACAAAUAGGCUCAUAAAUUUUAUCACUAUUUAUGUCAUAUCCUAAUGGCUAUGUUACCAGUAUCUGUUAAGACGUAACCAGCGCAGUGUUUCGGUAUCCAAAUAGCGGUAUAAUUAAGAAUGUUGAAACGAUGAAGUAUGUGCCUAAGCAAACAAUAAUCGUGUUGUUGUUGUUGUUACAUUUCUUUAACAAUAUGACGACCAUGUAAAUACGGCGCUGUUCGUAGUAUACUAAUAAAAAUCGUUUUUAAAU